AUGCAGACGCUCCAAAUGCUUGCUGCUGACAUGCGGACACCUUCCAACAUCCGUUCUGUGGCACGUGCUCUUUUUGACCCUGUGCAGUUUGACGUUUUUGAGGACAAGUGGGCUCGUUUGGUGGCCAGCGCAGUGCAAAGGAAUGCUACGCGGGGGCCUCAGGAUCCCAGGAGUGCGGUUGGCGCUGACAUGUUGCUGGGCACAGGCAGUUAUGCUGAUCCUCAGGAGCAAGCUGGAUACGGUCCCCUUGUGCUUGACCAGUGCCAGACGCUAGGCUUGGCAGCACUGGUUCAGACCCUGGGAAUGGCUGCUCCGCUGGAGCCGUUUGCGACCAUUGUCCAGGGGGUCGAUGAGCCUUUCAUGAAAUUUGCAGGGAGACUGACUGCCUCUGUGGAGAGGCAGUUAGCAGAUCCUGAGGCAAGGAGACUUGUGCUUGCGAACCUGGCCAGGAGCAACCGUAACGCGGACUGUAAGAGAGUCAUACGUGCUCUUCCUGGUGCAGCUACUGUCUCGCAGAUGGCAAAGGCCUGUGCAGACCUCAGCCCCUCGGUUCAAAAGAUGGCUGCCUGGGAUACUGCUGCGCAGCCGGUCUGGGCGGUGCCGCAGGGCUGGCAGCAGCAGCGGGGGAAUACUCGGGCCAGCACCAAAAAGGGGAAAUGUCAAGCGGAGCGCGAAGGGGAAGCAUGCCCAGACACAAGUUCCUCUCCAGACCCCAGAGCCCAUAGAGGUUUGCUCAGCCGGCUUGCAGCCAGCACCCGCGGCUCAGCAGGUGUGGAUGUCUGCACAGCAGCAACAGUUGUUUUAGAAUCCUGUAAAAUACACAAGGUUCCCCUGGAUGCCUUUGGUCCCUUGGGUGAAGGUAUGAGUGCUUUCCUUAUGGGGAGGUCUAGUGCCACCCUUCAGGGCAUCAUUGUGCACCUGGGUCUCAUUGAUGCAGACUUCACAGGGCAGAUUUGUGCAAUGGUUUCCACACCCACCCCCCCUGUCACGAUCCCGAAGGGGACACGGCUUGCUCAACUUGUACCUUUUAAGUCUUCUGUUCACAGGAUGGCUGACCGGCCGCGUGGGGCCAGCAGUUUUGGGUCCACUGGGCUGCCUCAAGUUCAAUGGACCGCUGUCCUGACCAAAGACCGUCCCGAGAUGUCAUGUACUCUGUCCAUCCCUGGUGUGACGCCGUCAGAGAUUCGCCUCCAUGGGCUUCUCGAUAGCAGCGCUGACGUCACAGUUCUCUCCCUUGCCACCUGGCCUCUGGACUGGCCCCUGAAUACAGUGGAGACGUCUGUCACAGGACUGGGGGGAACGGCGUGACGUUACGUGAGCCAGCGGUCCGUGCCAGUCACGAACCCAGAGGGACAGACGGCCUGGGUUAGGCCGCAUGUUACUUCUACUCCUGCUAGCGUCUGGGGGAGGGAUGUUCUGUCUGCAUGGGGGGUGCACACUGGGAUGGGUUUUUGAUGGGGGCCACUGCAACGAAGGGCGCAGAGUGUCCUACGCCUCCUAUACGGUGGCUGGUGGACACACCUGUUUGGGAGAACCAGUGGCCCCUCCCUCAAGAUAAAUUGAGUGCCCUUCGAGAUCUAGUGCAGGAGCAGUUGGACCAGGGUCAUCUGGAGCCUUCUACCAGUCCCUUGAACACUCCUGUCUUCUGCAUCAAGAAGAAAUCUGGGAAAUGGAGGUUGUUACAAGACCUCCGAAAGGUCAAUGCCAUGAUGGAAAGCAUGGGAGCAUUGCAGAUACUGGGGCAUGCUGGGUACCUUCGAAGUGUGUUCACCCUGACCUGCAACUGCAGAGACAGAAUCCUGCCAACGGGCAACGUGGAAACCGUGACCAACCUGAAAGGCAUCAAGUGGGUGAAUCAUUGAGUGAUGACUCGGAUGCAGACAACGCGAGUGAUCACUCUGAUGAUUCCUCCAUGAAUGGACACUGAACAUUGUUCAUUUUUCUUUUCCUUCUUUCUUGUUUUUAAACUGAGAAGGGUGAGAUGUUGCCCUGAUUUUUUAAGAUUUUCUAAAGCCUUCUGAGUUUACAUUCUUGUAGAAAACUUUCUCACGAAACUUUCUAUAAACAACCUAUUGUUUUGCAUUCCUUCAUAGAGGCGGAGAACUUUGAUGUACUGGUAGUUUGUCCAGUGUCGUUGGAGAGGUGGCACGUUCACCCUCCAAUCCACUGGCGCCUUUUGAGAACUAUAAAUGCUGGAGUUGGAGGAAAUAAAUUAGUCUCUUCAUCGUGA